AUGGGUUGCGGCCAUUCGCACCAUGUGGGCUAUCAUCCGAAAUUGUUGGGACGCUCCGAAUCAGGGAAGGCUAGACCUGCGUCUGAGUCAGAGGGACCAAAACUGGAAUCCUUCGUUGUGAUCCGCGUGUUGCGUGCCGACUUGUUACGGAGUUUCGAUGCAUAUGGCAAGAUGGAUCCUUUUGCCGUGGUCGAAUGGCACCAAGAGGGUACUCGAAAGGAGAUAGCACGGACCCGGAUUGACUGGAAUGCAGAUAUGCAUCCUCAUUGGGACCAUACCUGUCGAGGCCAGCCAUUUAAAAUGGCCGGCAACACCAUGGUGGAAUUCCAGGUCAUGGAGGGCAACGUCAUAGGGCGUCCCAGCUUUUGUGGUGCGGCCAAGAUCUCAAUUGGAGACUUGGCCCCUGAGCCCACCUCAGAGGUGGGCACAGCCACUGGUCCUGUUCUUAAACUGGAGCUGAAGCUAGCCUCAGGGCCAACCUGUGAGCCAGAGGUCACAGGUCAUGUUUUUGUGCAGGCGCUGAUGGUGCAAACCACCGUUCUUGGCCGUGGCAAGACUCCCGGUCUCAGUCGCGUAGACGAGGGGCUUUUCGAGGGACCCAUCGAGCGGCUGGGUGUCUCGGGUGGCAGCGCCGCAUUUUUCAAGUUGCAUUUGAAACCCGGAAGUGGCCGAGCUAGGGACUACUUUAUCGGCAAGGACUUGAGCCAUGCGGAGGAUGAAGUGACUUUCUAUGAGGAAGCUUUGGCUCUGAAACGUCAGCCCGGUGUAGCAGGUCUUGGGCCCUUGCUCAGCUACACCUUAGAAUAUGCUGGUGUCUUGACCAACACCGAGGAGACCAGUGCUGGGGAGAAGAAGACGGAGCUGCUAGUGAUGCGAAAUCUGCGCUGCGGCUCCUCUAAGCACCGCUUUCUGGACAUCAAGAUUGGACAGAAAACUGCUCAGGCUGGAUGGCAAGGCAAGUCCCGAGUGGCAGCGCUGCGGCAGAGCAUGGUGGAUGGCAUCACCAAUUCCAGCUGCGAGGGCUUCCGCUUAGAGGGCUUCGAUGGUCGACCGCCAGCUUUGGAGUCCAUGGACCCUUUGCUGGAUCUGGGGAUGACAGGCAAUGCCAAGAUGGCGAAAAAGGCUCUGCGGGUGAUGCUCCAGCGGAUGCCAGCGGCGGAGAUGCUACUCCACUGGCUCGACCUGCAUCAGGAACCGCAACUUGGCCCGUCGGAUGUGCCCAAUGAGAAGCUGAAGCUGCAGCUCUGUACCACCGAGGUGGCCGAGAUUGUGUGCCAUGAGGCGGUGCGAAGCCUGUGUGGCUUAGCGGUGGCCUGUCGCAGAAGUCCCGUGCCGCAGAAGUGGAUUGGCAGUUCCGUGGGCUUGGGCUUUGAUUCUGGGAGCUUGCCGCAGCGCAAGGGCGGAGAGGAGGAAGUGAGGAAGUCGACCUUGGUUUGUAUCUUUGACUGGGGACGAUCAGAGCUCAACACCAUGAACAAGCACAUGCAGUUGAGCGAAAAAGAUCAGUUGGAUCGGGGUGAGUUCUGGCGUUACUACAUGGGUGGUAUCGACCGCUUGGCUUGGGAGGCAGCGCGAGCAUAUCAACAUCGAUUCAGUUGUAGCAAGUGGUCGUUGUUGACCUUCAAAGUUUGCGAUUUCGAUUCCAUGUCUGAGAACGACUUCAUUGGUCGUCUCUGUGUGCCGGUGGAGGAGACUCCUGAGACAUGUGCUGAUCUCAACUCCAAGGACGGGAACCACGUGGUGGGGGACUACGGCUGGCGCGGAUCCGCCACACUGACCUAUUCCAUCACCUGGCGUCCCUUUCCACAGCCCUCGCGGAUGAAAGGCGCCUGGCGAGUGCACCUCAUCCGAGCACAACAUUUGCCGCGACAGGAUAAGAUGCAGUUGAGGACAACCUCAGAUCCUAUGUGCGAGAUCACGGCCUGCGCAGCUGACCCCAAGGGUUUGCUGUGCCUGCGGCAGGAGUGUAUGGGCUACAAAGAAGUUCCUGGAAAGCGCCCGCAGAAUCACAUCAGACAGAGCAUCCCCAUGAAGGCAUUCCUACAAUUGAUCAAUGACACCCCAAACUGCGAAUACCAUCAAGAAACAAGAAACCUUCACAAGAACUGGGCUGCCAACAUCAUUGCAACAGAGAACGGCAACUUGUUGAAGUGUGUCUUCAACGACGCGGAUGGGACAGUGAAGCUUCUCAUCCGGGAGGAUCUAUUCCCAAUGGCCGAAGAAGGAUUAGCAACUGCUUGGAAAAAAGUAACAACACGACACUCAGACGAAGACUUCACAACGCAAAAAGGAAAAGGAAAGGGAAAGGCAAAAUCCUCCUCAAGCACAGCCCGAGGCGUCCAAGAUUACCUCUACAAGGUGCAUUUGGUAAGGGUCCGUCCGCUUGAGGACGAUGAGGAUCCAUAG